AGAGUGAAUUAGCAGGUGAAAGCUUAUGGUGGUGGGUUCAGAAACCCAACACAAUUAUGGGAGCUUAUGUAAAAAAAUUAAUAGGUAUGAGAUAAUGCACCGACAUCACACACACACACACACACGGUCUCAUCUGCAGGAGCUGGGAGCUUUUCCGAAAAUUAAUGAUGAGCAAGAAUGAGGAUGAUGAUGUUCGUGUUGUGAUGCUGCCAUGGUUAGCAUUUGGUCAUAUGAUCCCAUUCUUGGAUCUCUCCAUUGCCUUUGCCAAAUCAGGCAUUCAUGUCUACUUUCUCUCCACUCCCAGAAACAUUCAGAGGCUCCAUCAAAGAAUCCCACCGAAUCUCCCACACCUCAUUGAAUUUGUAUCUUUUCCACUCCCCAAGCUCGACGGCUCCAAUCUCCUGCCAGAAGAUGCCGAAGCCACCGUCGACAUUCCAGCAGAUAAAAUGGAUUGCCUCAAGAUAGCCUGCGAUCUUCUCCAAGAACCCGUCAAGAAUUUCAUUGCAGGGAAACUACCCAACUGGAUAAUAGUUGAUUUCUUUCCCCACUGGGCUGUUGAUAUAGCUCACAAUUUGAAUAUCCCGAUAAUAACGUACUGUAUAUGUUCAGCCAGCACAGCUGUGUUCUUUUGGACGCCUGAGUUUAUUGUUGGAGAGGGCAAAAGAGAGGCUAGAACAUCCCCUCAGGAUCUCACUGCCCCUCCAGAUUGGGUUGAUUUUCCCUCACAAGUGGCUUGCAGAAAUCAUGAAGCUACUGUUUUGUACAACGUUUUGUACGGUAAAAAUGCAUCUGGAGUUCCAGAUGGUGCACGCCUAAUGAGAUUGGUCCAGGCCAGUCAAGCCAUCGCUAUACGCACAAGCCUGGAAUUCGAAGGUGAUUACGUGAAACAACACUCGAAUCUCUCCGGAAAGCCUGUUUUUCCAGUGGGGUUUCUUCCACCUGAGAAAGUGCAAGGGAGGAGCACUAUCAGGGAAGAGUCAUGGUGUAAAAUCUUUGAUUGGCUCGACCAACAAAGCCCGAGAUCAGUUAUGUUUGUGGGGUUUGGAAGUGAAUAUAAACUCAAGAAAGAGGAAAUCCAUGAAAUAGCACAUGGGGUUGAGCUUUCCGGGCUACCCUUUUUAUGGUCACUGAGGAAACCUGAUUGGGCGACUCAUGAUGGUAUUGAUGCUCUGCCGCCAGGGUUCAUCUCCAGGACGGCAGGGAGAGGAGUGGUGCAGAUUGGAUGGGCACCCCAGAGGGAAAUUCUUGCCCACCCUUCAGUUGGAGGUACUUUGUUUCAUGCAGGGUGGGCUUCUAUUGUAGAGACCAUUGUUUACGGCCACUGUCUCGUGUUGUUACCAUUCAUUAUUGCUCAACCAUUGGAUACAAGGCUGCUAGUUGAGAAGGGUUUGGCAGUGGAGGUGGAGAGAGCUGACGAUGGAUCUUUUACUAGAAAUGACAUUGCAAAUGCACUUCAAAAGGCCAUGGUUUCCAAGGAAGGGGAAGCACUAAGAGCACGUACGAAAGAGGCUGCUGACGGGAUCUUUGGGAAUCAAAAACUUAACGAUGAUUGCCUCAAGAAGUUCAUUGAGUAUUUGAAAAAUGGAACUCCACAACAUAAGUAGAGCUGUCAUUGGUCUGGACUAGCUCUUUGCACAUCAAAUACAUGAAGUUCAUGCAGUAUGGCAAUCGUGUGGUUUAUGUUGUGUGCUACUUCCUCUGGGCAGUAAAGUUGUAGUGUAUAUGUAUUUCUGUUGUUUUAAGGCUUUUUUCUUUUCCCCUCCAUUUGUUCCAGAAUUACAAGUUGCUUUAUUUCCUGGUA